CCACUUGAAAAAACACAGAAAACCACGAUUAAUAUACUGGAACUAAUUGGACACUGAUUGAGUUGUCAUUGUAACCGCCGCUCAUCCGUCAUCAAUCAAUCGACCAUCAUCAUCAAUUUUGUAGAAACCCCAGUUUUUUAAAUUUCCCACUAACUACUCAAUUCCAAAAACCCCCUAGGGUUUACUUCACCUUCAAAAACUGUCGAUUUUUUUUUUUGCAUUUCUUCAUCGUUCAUCAAUGGCGAUUUUCAGACUGAAAUCUGGAGAUAUCUUCGCAUUCAAAUUACUCUUCGUAUUAGCAAUAAUGUACGGUUUAAUGUCUGUGUUAGUGUACUCUGUUCUUCACAUGAAGUUCAUUACUCCCCUCGGCAUUGACGCCCCUCUUAAUCAGUUCUCCGAAGGUAGAGCUAUUCAACAUCUUCGAGUAUUGUCUGAAGAAAUUGAUGGUCGCCAGGAAGGGCGCCCAGGUUUGAAGCAAGCUGCUGAUUAUAUUAAAGAGCAGCUGGAGUUGCUGAAGAUUCGAGCGAACUCGAACUUUAGGAUUGAGGUUGAGGAAACUUUGGUCAAUGGGUCUUUCAGCAUGAUGUUUUUAGGUCACAGCUUAUCUCUGGCUUAUAGAGCCCAUACUAAUAUUCUCAUGAGAAUAUCAUCAGUAAAUUCAACAGAAACCGAUGCUUCAGUUUUGGUAAAUGGUCAUUAUGAUAGUGCUCUUAACUCCCCUGGGGCUGCUGAUUGUGGUUCUUGUGUUGCAUCAAUGCUUGAACUAGCGAGACUUAUAGUUGAUUCUAAUUGGAUUUCUCCCCGGCCAGUCAUAUUUCUUUUCAAUGGGGCCGAAGAACUUUUCAUGUUGGGUUCACAUGGUUUCAUCACCACUCAUAAAUGGCGUGACACUAUUGGAGCUUUUAUAAACAUGGAAGCAUCAGGAAGUGGUGGUCCUGAUGUAGUUUGCCAAUCUGGACCUGGAUCUUGGGCUUCUCGUGUGUAUGCUCAGUCAGCUGUAUAUCCCAUGGCCCAGAGUAGUGCUCAGGAUCUUUUUGGUGUUAUUCCAGGCGACACAGAUUACAGAAUUUUUGCCCAAGAUUAUGGGAAGAUUCCUGGACUUGACGUAAUCUUUCUCCUUGGUGGUUACUUUUAUCACACUUCCUCUGAUACACUCGAAAGGCUAUUACCUGGAAGCAUUCAAGCGCGUGGAGACAAUCUGUUUAGUUUAGUCAGGGCCUUUGCUAGUUCCUCUAUGCUCCGGAAUGCAAGUGAACGCCAGUAUUUUGAAUCUGCUGAUCAAGGAACUGAUAGUGAACGGGCAAUUUUCUUUGACUAUAUGACAUGGUUCAUGGUCUAUUACCCAAAAAGCGUUGCUGCAGUUCUCCAUAUUCUUCCAGUAGUUAUCUUUCUCGUUGCUCCAAUCAUCUUAUGUCAGGCAAAUUUUGGACUAUGUUCUUGUUGUAAAACUUAUUUUGACUUCUUGAAAGGGAUGUUCCAACACUUCAUCGCGAUCAUAAUGGCAAUUAUUGUUCCGGUGGUUUUAGCAGUUUGUAGACUGUUUUUCUCUAAUCACGCAAUGAACUGGUUUGCAAAUCCUUAUUUGGCCUUCAUGAUGUUCGUCCCAUGCUCUGUUGUUGGUCUGCUUAUUCCAAGAUAUAUGUGGAGACACUUUCAUGAUUAUCAAGACAUGUCUGUUCAGAUAAUGUCAAGAGAGGCACGAAUUUAUGAAUCAAAUUUUUAUGGAGCCUUUGGAUUUUAUGCUCUGUUAACUAUGGUUUUUUCUCUCGCUGGUCUUGGUGGGGGCUCCUUAACCUUUUUUACAUCAGUAUCUAUGUUGUUAGCUUGGAUAUUUACUCAGUUGCUCUCUUAUCCUGAGCAUUCAUUGAGGUCCGUGGUGGUCUAUUUGUUUCCAUUGCUGCCAUGUUUAACAUAUUCGGUCCAUUAUGGUGGGUUUAUUACGCAAUUCUUGAUCGAGAAGAUGGGUAUGAUGGGUUCUGUUCCACCACCCUAUGAUUAUAAAUCUAAUAUCACAAGUGAGGGUGGCUGCAAUCUGAGGUACCUAAUUAUUUUAAGAGGAUACUAUGUACAGGAUAUUGCCGUGGCAGCAAUGGUUGGCAUUGUAACUGGUUGGUGUGUGGGUCCGUUGCUGCCUGUUAUUGGUGAUUGGUUAGCCCGAUCUUCUAUAUUGCAAACCUUGCUGCAGCUCAGUGUGCUUGCCCUGGCUCUUUCGUCAGGGUUCUUUCCUUACAGUGCGGAAGCGCCUAAAAGGGUAGUAAUGCAGCAUGCAAUUUUAACCGCAGAUUCAACGCAGAUUUUGGACUCAAGCUAUGAAUUUGGUGUUCUAGAUUCAAAUUCUUUAUCUUUUCUUUUCAAGUAUGCUCAGGAGGCGUCAGAACAUCCGCAAAUUGGUUCAGGAUAUUCUUUCCAGAAUACGAGAGAUAGAUGGCUUGCAAUUUUCCCUGUAUCAAAUUUAAUUUCAAGAAGCUUUAAGUUCCCAGUCGGACAUGAAGAAAUCUUGAAGCAGUAUAACUCUUUUCCUCAUCUAUCAACUAUUGAGCGGGAAGUGUUUUCUGAUGCGGGUAUUCGCAAGGUUCACCUGGAACUAAAUUUAGGAUCUCUGAAAGAGGUUUCGGUUACUGUCCUCAAUGUUACUGGUCCAUUAUCUGGUUGGUCAUUUGCUGACAAGACAUUACCAGCCCCGGAAACAAUUGACGGUGGUCCUCCUUCAUACAUAUGCAGACUUAGUGGUGCGAGCUAUGAAAAGUGGGCCUUCUGGUUGGAGGCAAAUAGUUCAGAACCUUUAAGAGUAGAAGUUGUUGCCCUAGACCAACAUUUGACAGAUUCAGCCAAGGAGUUGAAACAUCGUUUCCCAGAAUGGGCAGACAUAGUUGCUUAUACGAGUUUUAUGUCCAGUUAUACAUUUUAGUUCACAACUUGGGGCAGCACAUAAAUAAAUGGAGGCUCACAUUUUUUGCAGCCAAUCAUAUGUAUUAUGUAACACUUAGCCACGUCGAAGCUUUGCUUGGAAACAUUAUACAAACUCUGCAAUUCUCCAAGAUACAAUUGCAACGGUAUCCUGCAUCUAAUGGCGUUCUAUUGUCAAGGUUAAUAAUAGAGGAUUAGUUCAAUUAGCUCAUGAUGCUGCUCCAAAAUGUAAUUUUUUCUUUUUUUUUUUUCUGAGUAGUGAUUAGUUAAAUUUCAUUUAUGGAUGCCAAUGCUUUUGUAUACCUCUUUUAUUUUUUAUUUAUUAUAAGCUAAGUACGAGUACAAUAUUGUGAACCUCUAAAUUCUAAUCCAUCGAUGUAUGACGAAGUAUUUUCCAUUAAAUUUUCUGAUGGUGCACUAAAUGUACUAUACUA